GAAUAUCCCUUUGUCUUCAUCCUCCUUCCAUCAUAUCAUAUUCCUCAAUUCGAAAGAGAGAGAGAGAGAGAGAGAGAGAGAGACCUUGGAUCGGUGGUGGAGUGUGAGGGAGUAGAUCAAUAGACAUGGCUUCGACUGACGGACUUGUGCCCAUCACCCGGGCUUUUCUGGCGUCAUACUACAACAAAUAUCCUUUUCCUCCUCUUUCCGACGACGUUUCUCGGCUUUCCUCUGACAUGGCUUCUCUGAUUCAGCUACUGACUCUCCAAUCUCCCCCAUCUAAAGGGGAAGCUUCCCUGAUCGAAGAAGCGAACCAGCAGCCUCCUCACAAGAUUGAUGAGAAUAUGUGGAAAAAUCGGGAGCAGAUGGAGGAGAUACUGUUUCUUCUGCAACCAUCUCGUUGGCCUGUUCAGCUUCGGGAACCUUGCACAUCCGAAGAUGCUGAAUUAUCAUCCAUUUUGAGACAUCUCAAAGACAAUUUUGAUAAAGCUCUGGCUGCUAUGAUUUCCUUCCAGACGAAAAACUCUGAGCGCGUCUUUAACACUGUUAUGACCUACAUGCCUCAAGAUUUCCGAGGAACGCUCAUCAGACAGCAGAAGGAGAGGUCUGAGAGGAACAAACAGGCGGAGGUUGAUGCCUUGGUUAGCUCUGGAGGGACCAUACGAGACACGUAUGCUCUUCUUUGGAAGCAGCAGAUGGAGCGGAGGAGACAGUUGGCUCAACUAGGCUCUGCCUCUGGUGUCUACAAAACCCUUGUCAAGUACUUGGUUGGGGUGCCACAGGUGUUGUUGGAUUUUGUUCGACAAAUAAAUGAUGAUGAUGGGCCAAUGGAAGAACAACGACAACGUUAUGGACCUCCUCUAUACACUCUCACAAAAAUGGCCACGGCUAUCAGGGUUUUCUUAACCCUUCUCUGGCAAAGAUAUGAUACUUUCAAACUGAAUAAAGAACAAAUGAAUCUCCUGUCCGAAGCUGCUAUCGUCUACACAUCUGAGUUUGAAAGAUUCGUCGCAUUUAUCAGCGAUGUAUUUGCCAAUUCCCCCUUCUUCAUUUCAGCAGAUGCCGCUGGGAUAUUGGGUUCAAGGGAAAAUGAGGAGUACAAAGAGAUUAUCGUCCAAGCUGGGAGAACCUAUGAGGUCUCAUUGAUGGUGGAAUCCGAAAAUUCAUAUAUUGGUUGGGAUUUCUCCUUGAUGCAAGGCAAGAUAAGCAUGGAUAUUGGAUUUAGCGUGGAGUACAUAAGUGCUUCAGGGGAAAAGACUCUGAUAUUACCUUACCGUCGUUAUGAAGCUGACCAGGGAAACUUCUCUACGCUAAUGGCUGGAAACUACAAACUUGUUUGGGACAAUUCAUAUUCAACUUUCUUCAAAAAGACUCUUCGAUAUAAAGUGGAUUGCAUACCACCAGUAGUGGAGCAGAAAGUGGAAGAUGAAGAUGGAUUAGAAUCAUGAAAACUCAUCAUCAUCUAUCUGUACAAAGACAAAACUUUGACCUUCUGAAAGACAUCAUAAGUAUCUGUUGCGGCCUCGUACAGGAAUAUGACUAUCUUGUUUGCCGAGUAAGUGAAAUUUGGCGAUUGAAGCUGCAUGCUCUAUUAUCGAUGUAUGGGUUACAAAUAUUAUUUGGUUGGUUUGAAAUAGCUGGGUUGACGUCGCUGAAACAACUACAUGGGCCUACAACCUAAAUGGGCUUAUUUGCAUCUAUGGUAUUUGUUUUCUAUU